AUGUGACGUCAUCGUCGUCGUCUCCUUCCCUCUCCCUUCUCCAUGGUUACUGAAUCAGUGUGAACUGUGAACCGAACUCUUAUCAUCAUCAACAAAAUUUUUACAAUAGGUAAGUGUUUAGUAGUUUCUGACCAAAUUUCAUUUUGAAAUUAGAAGAAUUUGGGACAAGUGUAAUAAAUUCGCCAAUACUCUUGAACGGAAGAAUAGGGGAAAGAUCGAAGCAAAUUUCGAACAGUGUUUGAAUGAAAUCUACGCUGUGAAAAACUGCUUAACUAUUUGAUUUUCAAACGUCGAGGUUUGCAAAGGCCGAAGUCGAGCGGUCAAAAGUAUUAAUAUGCGACAGCAACAACAGCAGCAGCAGCCAAGGAUGGUGCAAGGACAACCGGCCCAUGUGGUAAAUGCCGUAAAUGUGACACAGCCUCUAAGAAUUUUGCCAUCGCAGAUUGUGACAACGGCAAGGAUAACACGAGCAACGCCUGUGCUUCAACAGCAGCAAGAUACCAUUGUUCUUACUCAAGAUGAUUGUGGUAAGAGUUUUCAUUUGAAAAAGUUCAAUUUUUCGUGGGCUGUUGAUAAUUUCUGGUCUAGCUCUACCCCUAGCGGAGCAGCGCCACCUAAAGUUGAAUCUCCAUUAUUUUCAUCGGUUGAAGAAGAUUUCAAGUGUCGUGUAGAAUGUUCGCUCUCUCCGAUGAUCAUCAUUAUUUCGUCCGCCAAUACAACAACGACCACGUCCUCAGUCACUAACAAAUCCUUUUCAAUAAAAUUGCAUAUCAUAUGCAAUAUUGGAAAAUACGAUGGUAUAUUGGGAAAUGUGGAAUUUUCUGUCGUGUCGCCCCAACAUUUGCAUCUCUCUACCACAACCACACCGGCAGUAAAGAAACAAAAAUUUAACCUCGACAACGCCAACUUGAGUGAGAAAUCGGGGCUGUGUACGGUAGAGUUUCAGGAUUUCACAAAAACUGACUUACUAGACAAUUGCGUAAUUGAAAAUAAAGUUACAAUUGCAUGUUGUGUCUUUUAUGCAACUUUCGCCAAAAGAUCACGUUGCUGUUCCGAUUAUCGUCUCUUCGACGACUAUGAACGUUUACUCGCUGAUGAAUAUUACAGUGACGUAACCAUCAAGACUAAAGAUAAAGAUUAUCCAGUUUACAAAGGUGUUUUAGCUGCCCGAAGUCCUGUCUUUGAUGCUAUGUUCCGAAACAAUAUGCAAGAGAAUGCGACAAAUGUUGUCAACAUAACGGAUAUUAGUCAAGAGGUUUUUGAAGAUAUGUUACUCUAUAUUUACAGCGGAAAGGUGAAAAAUCUAAAGUUAGCUUACGAAUUGAUACCCGCAGCGGAUAAGUAUGAUUUGAAAGGACUGAAGGAUAUUUGUGGAGCGGAAUUGUGUGAGCAGUUAUCCAAAGAUACUGCCAUAAAGAUUCUAAUACUGGCUCAUACUCAUCACGUGGAUUUUUUAAAGAAGAGAGCUCUCGAAUUUAUAAAAGAAAAUACGCGUUAUGCCGAAGUUAAAAAUUCAGAAAUUUGGAAUGUUCUAAUUACAUUUCAUGCUGAUUUGAUGGCGGAGAUGCUCGCUAUUCUUCUUGACAGAUAAAAACUUACAUACUUAUAGUACCUACCUAGGUUUUGUGAUUUUUAAAGAUUUAGGUAAGUAGGUACUUAUCUCAAGACGCUAAAAAUGAUUUACAUUUUGAUAAUCAUUUUUUUUCAUUAUUCUACCAUAAUUAAAUAAAUUGAAGAUUGUCUCGUAGGUAUCUUGAGAUUGGCUGUUAGUUUUUUUAUUUUUUUAAUUUUCGUAUGUAUUAUUGAUAUUUUUUUGAAAAGUGAAUUGCAAUUUGCAUGUAUCCGUAAGUGAGUUCUUCUAUUCAUAGCAGUCGCGUUUAUUGUGCAGACGCUGCGUAGGUAUACCUACGAUGAGUACUAUAGUACUCAUCAAUUUUUAAAAAAUGAAGAAUGUUAUUUUGUCAUCUUUUAUCCAAUAUUUAGAAUUAGUGUUUGACUGCUUAUUUCAUUAAUUUUGUUUAUAAUGAAUCCAAUUUCUCGUGAUUAAGAUUUUUCCCUUACAAUUGCAAUUGUGUUGUGAACUUGUGAUGAGCAGAAAUAUAAAGAAAUCCAUUCAUA